UUUUCAGGCAGGAAAUCUCCAUUUUUGGGGUUCAUUUGCAAAACGAACGGUAAAUCCUCAAAUAACAAAGAGGUAAUAUGCGGCGAUGAUAAAUAUAAAGAAGAGGGCGAUCUCUGGAAUGUUGAGGCUCAAACAGCAUUCCUCGGCCCAAAUUUAUGGGAGAAAACCUUACCGUAUGAUGCAGAUCUUAAGGUAACACAAUAUGCAGACUUAGAUGAAUUUCUUUCGGAAAAUAAUAUACCUGAUGGUUUACCGGGCACUCACUUGGGACACUCAAGUGGUUUGGGCCAUCGUUCAGACUCACUCGGCCAUGCAGCUGGGCUGUCACUUGGUCUUGGACAUAUAACCACAAAACGUGAACGUUCACCCUCACCGUCGGAUUGUAUAAGCCCCGAUACUCUGAAUCCACCAUCACCAGCUGAAUCAAGUGAGUAA